AUGACUGGCAGUGAAUUACCGCACAAUUUUUAUAAACUGCGGAAUGCAUACGACACUGACUUAACAGUCAUACCAGAUAUUGUUGAUUCAGCAUUGGGACACUUCCUUAUGAAGCCUUCAUGGGAAGCCACGAGUUUGGAAAUACGAAUUGUGCCCAAAUUCCGUAAUAGACGUAAAGCAACGUUUAUUAUGGGAAAAGCUGAAGCCAUUCACAUUGAAGAAAAUAAGUAUUCACAUCCAUGCGUAUGCAAGCGUCAGUUUGAAGAAGAUGUUCAAAAAUAUCGUCUACAUAUGGCAUUUAAUGAAAUUCGACGACUCUGGCAAAAAAUUUAUGGUGGAAAUCUUAACUUUACAUCUGCGAGUUUAUGGGGAAAUGAUUAUGAUUCAUACAUGCCAAACUUCGAGAAUAGUACUUCAACUGCUAAACCAAUUUGUGCUGAUUCUCGCGGUGGGAGUGCGUCAUUUGGACACCAAAGCAUCGAGAAUCAUGUGAAAGCCCUUCAGUCAACACAUCCGUCAUCGAGUUCAAGUUCUUGA